GGUGAACAAAGUAACAUGGCAACAGGUGGCGUCGCACGUCACCGCCAAGUCUCUGCACUGCGAACUUAGUUUUACUUCCAAACUUCAGAUUUUAACGGAAUCAUGAACUGCCAUACAACUUAAGGGACACGUCAAGAUGGGAACAGGCAGCAGCGCGGCUUCCAGCGGGCGUGAGGCGGCAGUCAACGUCCCGACUGCAGGAUACCAGGCCAUCACUGUCACUGCCAGCCCCCAUGGAGAGAUCCAUGCCAUCACCCUGACCCCUCGGGGCGAAGGUCAGGGGUCACUGGUGCUGAGGGCAUCGACCUCUCAGCCUGGGGUCAUGGAGCUGUGCUCUGCAGGGUCACAGGUCGAUGGUCAAGGGUCACAUGCCACAACUGAUGGAACAAGAAAUAAUGUUUUUGCAGACAUCUUGCAACCCAACCAGCAGGCAAUCUCUGCAGAUGAGAAUUCUGCUGCAACAGCCUCCCGGGAAACUAUAGUAAAUCCUGCUUUACAAAAUGGUGAAGACAGAAUUGAUAACAGAGUUACUGUCAGAACACUGACAGACCAGCCAGGCCAGUCAACAACAGGCAGUUCAGCCAACACACUGUCUCACACAGACAGCACUCACAGUACAGCACAUGUCAACUCCAGCAGCACUGUCCACAGAGUCACAGAUUUAACUCACUCUCAGUCCAGUGGAGAAGGUCCCAGCGACUCUGUCAGCGGAACUGUGAACAUUGGGGUCCCAAACUCUGUGGCUAGGACUAGGCUUUUGCCGUCAGCAUUGGAAGAAAGUCAGAGGGAAAAUGUACCAAUUCAAAGAACUUUACACGCAGGUGACCACCUGUUAGACCAGGAUGCAUCUCAGAGUCACAUGACUUCUUCUGAAUCACAUCCUCUACAUGGACAAAGUCAAAACUUAAGGCAGGUAAGAAGGGCACCAUUAACAAGUACAGCUCCUCACAGAACUUUACAGACGCCUUCUGGCUCGAGGUCAGUGUUGUCGAGGCCGGGUUGUCUGGACAAUGGUCAGUCAGCGUACACAGCAAGCCUGUCCUUUCAUCCCGUACAUGGCAGUAACGUGCGACUGGAAUCUGACCAGAAGGGGCUAAAAAGUGUAGCAGCCAACGUGAGCCAGAGUAUGUUCAACGGGUUUGUCUUCACAUACCGGCCACUGCAGCCAGGCCAGAUACUGCUCAUUUACAUACUGGAAGCUGAUUCGUCGAUCAGUAAUUUUGACUUCGGUCUGACUGCGGUGAAUCCUGCAGCCCUGCAGCAGAAAGACGUGCCAUCGAGCCGCGCUGCGGCCAGCCGCAGGAAGGAGUACUGGACGUUUAAAUACCUUGAGAAACUAAAGAGCGGGGACAAGCUGACGUUCCUGUUGGAUAGGACUGGAAGAGUCCAUUAUGGGGUGAAUGGGGGUGAUCUACAGGUGGUGUUGGAGGUGGAGACAGGACAGCAGCUCUGGGCUGUUUUUAUUCUCACCCUGUUUGUCAGGAAAAUCAGGCUGGCAGGAGUGGUACCAGCAGAUGAACCGACUCCAUCCUCCAUCUCACCUCCACCCAUCUCUACCGACCAUCAUCCGGACACAGAACCUAGGCAACCAUACCACGACAACCAGACGUGCGCCAUCUGCUACGAGCGUCCGGUGAACAGCGUGGCGUACCCGUGUGGACACGUCUGCAUGUGCGACAGGUGCGGACUCCUGCUGAAGGUGCAAGACGCCAACUGUCCCAUCUGUCGCGCUCCGCUGUUUGACGUGAUUAAGAUGUACAGAGCUUAACAGUGUGAUACCACGUGACUGCACGCUGAGGCAGUCAAACAUGGAACAGUGGUGUGAUACCUCUGCUGGCAGAGACAGUUAAGCAUCAAACAGUAGUGUGAUACCUUUUGGUGUAUUGAUUCUACUUGACAUUAAACAGUUUUUUGACACCACAGUCUGUUUUUUUUAGAUGGGGUGCCAUACCAAUUACAUGUAGUUUUAUUCAAACUUAUUACUAAAACAGCA